AUGCUUCGAGGUGAAUCAGAUCGUAUCAAUAUACCAUCGUCCAUUCUUUUGAUUUGCUCAACAUCCACUUCAUUACCGUCCCUUCUUUGCAUCUUCUCGGCCUUCGCUCUUUUGCCUAUCAAGGUAUUCGCGAAUCCAAUCUCAACAAGGAAACUUUCUCGAAGUAAUCCAUUAGGAAUAGAUUGGUCGCCAGCACCACCACCAGAAGACGGUCCACCUCUUUCAGCCGGAGCUUCACGAAAUAAAGCACUCUUACCAGCUCAGAUUGGUGGUAUCAUAGGUGCAUAUCUAUUUUCUCUUUGUAUCGUGGGAAUUCUCAUAAUCACCCUCGGGAAAAGAUUACGAAGACAAGUUGAAUCAGAAGCUAGAGCCUUGGAGGUGGAAUUAGUCGACUCGACAUUUGCCGGCGUUUACACUGGAUCAUCAGGUCCAACUCCAAUUUCUCCAUCAAACCUUCGAAACUUUUCCUGGCCAUCUCCAGAUAAAAAGUGCUUCGCACCGGCAAUCAAUCCCGACCCAAACGCUUUUGUUUUUCCUUCAAUACACGAAUCAUAUACAAAUCCUUACGUUUACCCUACUCAAAGACAUCACAGUAUACACCAAAGUAUAUACUCGCAUCAAAGUCAACCUAGUAUUGAUAACAAGAUUGUUGAAGCUGAUCGAGAAAUGAUGAAUCGAAAUCUGGAGGAUCUGUACGCUCAUGUGAUGGAGCAAGAGGAAGCAAAGGCUGCAGGAAUGGAUGUAAGAAACAUGCCACCUCCCAAGGUACCCGGAGGAGUAUCUACGGUAGCACCGCAACAAGUACAAUCAUCAUCAAGGAAACUUGGGAAACAUAAGCCUUCGGAAAUCAAUAUCAACGAUAAUAAAUCAACCAAGACCCACUCUCGAGCAUCUUCCAUAAUUUCAGCUCUUACCUCUCCUAGAUCUGUACCCAAGUCACCUAAAUCUCCACGAAGAAAGGGAAUUCGGGGUUUACGAAUUUCAUCUCCAAUUGCGACACCACACUCAACCACUUUCUCACAUGCCGCAUCGGACGAAGAGCCUCUAACACCACGAGGAUACGUGCAUAGAGCCCCGCCACCAAUUCCAAGAAAUCAAGUGCCGUACGGCUCCACAUCGUCUAACGGUGGAUCACCUACUCGCAGUAUAGCAGAGACCCUCGACACAAUAUCACCUGUAUCUCCUCAGCAAAAGCUUCCUUCCCUUAACACCCGCAAUCUCCAAAUCUCCCUCAAAUCUGAACCAAAUACUGCUUCUCCUCAAUCAGCAGAAGAACGCACCAAAACCAUGUUUUCCCGACCUCUUCGGGCCGCUCCUUCAAGAAACUCUCUCCUCCAUAAAACCCAAACCUCGAAUGGUUCUUCUGCCUCCCCAGAUUCUCCCUCAUCAUCCACAGCUAUCGGCUCUACCUCUACUUACCAAACCGCCAGUCACGCCUCCUCAGCACCAACCCGCUCUCUCCCCUUCCGCGAGCAAUUUCAACAAAAUAUGCUCUCUCCAAACCUCCCCACCAAAACCACCAUUCUCGAACGUGUUCCUCGAGAUAAUGGACAGAAAACCGGAGGUCUCAGAACGGGAGGUCUUAAAACACCUUUCAGCGGAGGCACGGUACCAUAUAGUCCUUAUCAACCAUUUACACCCAUGAUGCCGAUUACGCCGCGAUUAGUGACCAAGGAGGAUAGAAAGAAGAUGAAGAGAGCUAUGCCCAAAACACCGGUUGUGGAAAUGAUCAAGAGUGAAGAGGAUAUUUGGGAUAGUGGAUAUUGA